CCUCUAUUUGACAUAUCAUCUUCACCACCUCUUCUUUCAUUCGACAUGGCAUGGCAUCGUCAAUAAAUCUACCUACAUCUGAUAUGGUGAGAUCUUCACCUUCAUAUUCGCCUUUCGCAAAUAAUGCCCCAUUUAUUCACUGGAGAGAGAAAUUUCAGUUGAAAAUUCAAUUGAUGUAUUGGAAGAGGGAAAACAAAAACUGGAAUUUGAUAAUAGAUGAAUUUGUCAAGAAAGGUAUUAAAAGGAAUAAUAUCUUAUGUUGAUAUUUAUACUACAAUAGAACCCUAAAGGAGGUCAGUAUUCUUAUAUUCAAUUUGUAUCAAAAUAACUAAUAUUUACUUAGAUGAAUCAUCUUAAAGAUGCGGUUCAAGCAGAUAUUGUACACAAAUGCGAACGUUUAGGAGAGUCAAUUUUAGACCCAUAUAUAAGGCAGGCGGAUUAUGACGGAUAUUAGGAGAGAAUUUCUGUAUUGAUGGAAAUGCAUUGUAGUAGAUGGACUGCAGCUCGAGUCAAAUAUACAUGGACUCAUGGUAUAGCGGAUCUUUUUCCCGACCUUGUAUUAAGUUCAUGAUGAUACUGGUAUUUCAAUUGAAAGCUU